AUGUCUCAGACUCGAAUCUUGUUGACCGGAGCAACCGGUUACAUUGGCGGAUCUGUUCUCGCAACUCUGAAAAGCAGCCAGCACGAGAAUAUUCAGAAUGCCCAAAUUGAUGUUUUGAUUCGGGGCGAGGAGCGAGGAGCCUUGUUCGACUCCUUUGGCGUCCAAGUCAUUCCAUUUCAGAGUCUGGACGAGACAAACUUGAUCAGAAAGCUCUCCAGUGACUAUGACGUGAUCAUCAAUGCCGCAUCAGCAUUUCAUACAGAGUCAGCCAAAGCCAUGAUCGCAGGACUGCGUGAUAGACAGUCCAAAACAGGCCAGAAGACUCAUUUCAUCCAUUCACCACAGACAUCCGGAACUUCGAGCAUUGGCGAUCAUCCCAUCACCAAAACGUAUAUUGAAACGAAGGAACUCCAUGACGACUCGAACAUCUACCAGUACCAAACUUCCCGGGAAGACAGCUCCCCUUACAAGCAACGAACAACCGAUCUUGCAGUCUUCAACAGCGGUCUUGAGCAAAACGUCAAAACAACCAUAAUCAUGGCCCCAACCAUCUUCGGCAAAGGCACCGGCCCAGCAAACAGUCUUUCAAUCCAAAUCCCAGCUCUCAUUCGCCAGUCUGUGAAGUACAAGCAGGCAGUGGUGAUCGGCGAUGGAGCAGGUGAAUGGGACCAUGUCCACAUCUCCGAUCUAACCUUACUCUUCGAGAUUGUUUUGUUCAAGAUCCUCAAUGGGGAGCAAGUCCCUUAUGGCAAAGAGGGGUUGCUUUUUGCCGAAACAGGCAGACAUACUUGGCUUGAUAUCUCACAGGGAAUUGCAUUGGUUGGACAGCAACUGAACAUCUUGGACACGGAAGGCGUUCGCAGUGUAUCCCUCGACGAAGCGACGGCUUGGUCUGUGAAUGGGAGCCGGCAGGUGAGAGAGUUGGGAUUUGCUUCCAAUGCUCGGUCCCGGGCGAUUUGUGGUAGAGCGUUGGGCUGGACGCCGUUGAGGGAAAGGGAGUGGAAGAACGCCGUUGAGGAGGACUUCCGGGCCAUUUUGAAAGAAGACAAAUAA